CCGCUGCCAGAACACCUGGCACGACUGAGCUUUUUGAUAAGUAGCCAUGCUGCGGCUGCUUCCCUGGCUCAUCAUCGCCCAUGCGGCAAAGGACUGCGCAGAGCGUCGUGGCGGCGCUUUCAUCACCCUACAGGUUGGGGACGGGCAGCACAUCUCCCAGUGGCUGGAGGAUGACGCGUUCAUUGACACAGCCAUCAUGCAUGCCACCCGGAAUUUGCGGGGCCGCCCCGCGCGCUCUAUCCCUGUUUUCAACCGCAUCAUGAAUGGCACAGACUGCGACAGAAGAUAUUCAUGGCAUGUUGACCCCCACGAUGUAGGUGGCUGGGAGGAGGUAGCAACAGAGGUGUGUGAUGCUUCUCCAGCAUACAUCGAGAAGAAUGGGGCCGAAUGGAUGCGCUCUCCUGGGAAGUGGUGCCCCUGGACAGUAUCAGUCCUCAACGUGGAGGAUCGCAGGGGCCCUCGCUCAGAGUUCAUCGGGAAAGAGCCGGUUCUAAACAAGGAGGCAGAACUCGCAUUCAAGCCGUGAGCGCCCAGCACUUAAGACAGUAGGACUGAGCAAAGCUCCAAUCAUGAACACUGCCACUAAGAGCAGGAGGAAUUCAAGGUCUGCCCAAUCUUUUGUACAGGACCCAUUAGAACAGACUGCACUGCAUGUGCCGUGUAAAGACCAACACGGAUCGAUCGAGCGAUCAACUGCACUUCAGGACGCAUUGCCACAGCCUGUUGCCCCGUGAUGCACAUGCUAGCUGCGGGUGCUGGCUUUCUCACACUGCGCAAACACUAAACCAACC